AUGGCAGCCGUUACAACCAUGCUUCUUACCCUUCUCUUUCUGACACCUGCAGUCCCAACAUCAGCCCUGCCCCUUCAAGCACGACAGAGUGAUGACCUUGCGCCCCUGCAAAGUGCUACCGCGUGGAGGGCAGGAGCCGUGACUGAAUUCCAGAUCCAUGCGUCCUGCAAUGCCAGCCAGGCCCGUCAACUUCGUGCUGCUCUCGCCGAGACUGUCGAUUUGGCACGACAUGCAAAGGAACAUGUCCUUCGUUGGGGCAAUAGCUCGGAGCACUACCAGAAGUACUUUGGCGAUGCACCUUCUGGUGAGGUCGUCGGCUACCUCGACAAGAUUGUGAGCGGCGACAGAGGCUCAUCACUGUUCCGAUGCGACAAUCCCGACGGAAAUUGUGACCUCGAAGGAUACGGAGGGCACUGGCGUGGCGAGAACGCAACCGACGAGACCGUCAUCUGUCCGCUGUCGUACGAGACACGAAGAUCACUGACACAGAUGUGCGCUUUGGGGUACAAUGUCGCCGAAUCCGAGACCAACACGUUCUGGGCUUCUGACUUGAUGCAUCGCCUGUACCACUUGCCGGCGUUCGGAGAAGAUCAUAUCGGCCAUUAUUCGGAGGACUACCAAGGCGUGCUUGAACUGGCAGAGCACAACCCAACAUUCUCGACCAGAGACAGCGAUGCGCUGCAGUAUUUUGCUUUGGAAGUGUACGCGUAUGACAUUGCCGUGCCGGGCGUCGGGUGUCCUGAACCAGACAACACCACAGCAGAUGACGGCGCGACGCCGACGCAAGAGCCGGCAUCGGCAUCGACCACGACCUCGGCGGCUGAAGUAAGUGAUUUCAUAUGCAUCUUGCCGUCCAAGGCUAACGGCUGGCAGGAGUGCCAUACUCACUCGAAUGGUGACGUGCAUUGCACCUGA